AUGGCAGGCCAUGAUGGAGAUGAGGUGCUUGCGGGAGAUCACGCUCUCAAUCUCACAGCACCUUUUGAUACCAAGAAGCACCACGAGCAGACCGUGGACGUGGUUGAUCUGUUGCCCGGCCCCAUCUGGCACAUCAUCUUCCGCCACGUGCUGCUGGGCGGGUCGCACGAGGGACGCAGGAUGCAGGCUCCUCCACCAUGUUGCCUCCUUCCCCGUGAGCCUCUCAUUGCUCCCCGUGAGUCUCUCAUUGCUCCCUGUGAGUCUCUCAUUGCUCCCGGUGAGUCUCUCAUUGCUCCCCGUGAGUCUCUCACUGCUGCCCGUGAGUAUCUCAUUGCUGCCCGUGAGUAUCUCAUUGCUGCCCGUGAGUAUCUCAUUGCUGCCCGUGAGUAUCUCAUUGCUGCCCGUGAGUAUCUCAUUGCUGCCUGUGAGUAUCUCAUUGCUGCCCGUGAGUAUUUCAUUGGUGCCCGUGAGUAUCUCAUUGCUGCCCGUGAGUAUCUCAUUUCUGCCCGUGAGUCUCUCAUUGCUGCCCAGCAGGACUUGGAGCCCAUGACGCGGCCUCUCAACCGCCUAGAUCCCGCGCCCACACGUCCCUCGGGAGCGCUCUCUGUCUUCCUCAAGCACGCCCCCCACGCGCCCCUCAAUUUCGUUCUUGGCGACUCCCGUGACCUGCGCUGCCUCGGCCCUCUCUUGGGCCCCUCUGCGCGCUCCCUCACAAGCCUGGGCCUUGGGCUCAAGGAGCCUCCACCCGGGACUGUUACGCAGUAUCGUAUUGAGAGGAAGGACGGGAUGAUUAUAUGCACUCCUCAAGAGGAUGUUGGUUUUAUUCAGCUGCAUGAACUCGUUCUCGCCUCCUCCCGCCAUGGCUCUGGCUCUACCACCCUCGAGUUCAAGCUCACCGCUGCUCGAGCUAUCACAGUCUGCUUUGAGAAAGCGCUCCUCCUCCGCUGCGCCAUGCCUGCCUCUUUGAAGAGCUUCUCUGCCGCUGCAGAGUGUCUUGUCGUGGAUUGCACAUGCAAAAGCCCCCCGUCUCUCGACUCGCUCUCUCUCAUUGGCCGCUCGCAGCUUCUCGUUUCUUCUCUCCCAUUGGCUGCCGCCAAAUCCGCCCAUUUGAACGGGCCAAACAAUCGACCAACCAAAGGAGACUGGUGGAAUGAUCUUCCCUGUUCCGAUCUCGAAUCCCAACUCGCCGUGACCGAUCUGCUCAGCAGCAUAGCGCCUACAGUGGAGACACUUGUAUUGAGGUACGGCUGGCCUCUGGAGGGCGUGCGUGUGGAGUGGAACCAGCUGCGCCACCUCAGCAUUGGCAUGAAAGCAGGUGGGAGAGGAGCGGUGCAAUUAGGUCAGAUGGGCGUGGCGGAUUAG